AUGGUGUUGAGGCUAGUUCGAGGCACCGGCGGGAGCAACGAUCCCCGGUCCAGGAAAUUGGCUGACGGAGACGGAACUCCACGUUUGACAGAUUUCCAGCGCGAACUGCUUCUGGCAGAGAAACAUGCUGAAAAUCUGAGGAGGAAACAACGCAGGAACCUGCUCAAAGAAGAGCCUGGACCUACGGUCUCCAUCGAGCCAAACGAGGAAGAAGACGGCCUAAUCUACGAGGAUCCACUCGACAUGGCCAAUGUAGAUGAUGGCAUCGAUUACAAAGCUACUAAAGGCGAUGCAGCUGCAUCAGAUGACGUUGCUCUUUUUGACGAUGAGGCGGAGCAACAGGCUUUGGCCCCAACGUCACUUGUCAACAAAGCACGGGUCUCCAAGACACGCGCACUUCAUAUUCUGGAGCACCCGCACUGCUCGAAGUAUCUAGUGGGUAGCUUGAUGAGGAUAUGGAUUACGCCAGACGCCGCGCCAGAUUCGGUCAGCUCACAAUACCCACACCUCGUGAACACCCAUGCCAUAUUCAAAGUGGAGCGCCUAGUAAGGACCGGCGAAUAUGCUGUCUAUGGUGAUAGUGUCGGAAACAGUUGUGAUCACGAGAUACGUGAAUUCCUUGGUAAAACAACAUACAGCAUAUUGGGCCGCCUCAUGACGGAUCGCCGAUCCGAAACACUCAACAAAAUUGGACUCAACGAUGUCUGCAGUGCACCAAUCUUAGAGGAAGAGAUCAAGUUCGGAGGCGAAUGGCUAAUCAGAGACCUGAAUCAGGCAGCUACUAAUCUUAGAAAUUUCACGUUCACGGAUGAGGAUAUACAGCUCAUUCUAGAACGGAAAUUGCUUAAGGAAUCUGUAGAACAGACAGAUUUUCAAGGUGGACGCAGCAGCUUGAUAGCUGCGAUACAGAGAACGUCCCACGAAAUAGAGCUGCUCACCGAACUCGUCAAAAAUGAUACUUCCAAGAUAGAACACCUCAGAGCAUUAGAGGCUAGAAAAAACAAGAUGGACGAACAGCUUCAAACCAUGAAGGCACUUACACGUAAUCCGCUAUUCAUCAAAACAUGCCCGGUGCUGCGUGCUAAUGCCGAGCCAUUAGGACGCGGCGGAGCGGUGCGCAAGACGACGCAACCCACGCCGAUGAUUAUGUUUAACAAUAUCGAGACGCAAGACAUAUUCCCCACUGAAAUCCGUAAACGUGAAAGGAAGACGGUUGGCGAAUUCAGCUACGAGGAACAAAAGGAGUUAGUGCUUGCCUACAUCACGAACGUGGACAAGUGCGAUCCCGACACAUGGCUUUCACCAAAAGACGAUCUUGUCAAUGGAGUGAACCGACGCAAGCCCAAUCAGGCUGGUGUGAUAAGCAUGAAGGAAUACUUCAGCAUGGCGUGA